AUGAGGCACGUCCCGAUCCAACGUUUGCACUUCCGAUCCGAUAUCGCAGCCUUGAGUUUUGGCCGAUCCGAUAACGGCAGUAAUCGCGCAUAAUUGAUCUCCUUUGUAGUACGGAAUGUUAGAAAAGCCUUGAUCGAGUGAUAUUACUCAGAGAACAAUAAUCAGCAACAUUUAUUGACCAAUGGCUUACAUAAAGUAACUUUAAAAAUAAGAACAUACUAUGAUUGAAUAAAUAAUUAGAUUAGGAAAUCCUGAAAAACAAUAAAACCAGUAACACAAAUAUAAAUCGACAUCGCAAAAUCACUUAACUUGAACAUAAGCAUGUUCUUCAUUUGAAUAGAUUAAAUAAAAAAGAAAUUAGAAAACCAUGACAAAUAAUCUCAAUAGGUAAUGAAUACAAAUUGUACCUUUAAAGGGCAAAAUAACAAUUUGUGUAUUUUUCACUGGAGUACAUGGUGGCAAGAUCGUUUGCUGUCUCCACGUGUGCGGCAAUGUGGACGAUCGCUGUCCCUGCUGUGCACGUUUUGACCUCUGAGGGGCACUGUGGUGCACGCAAUGAGAUACAAACUUGCAGUAACAAACAAAAGUAGAAGUCACGGAUGGAUAUUGUUAUCAGAACUCGUAACUCGUAACGGGGUUUGAAGAAUAUAUACCGAAGAGUAUUGAAUCUUGCCUCUGUGUACCAGUAUCCAUUAUUUGGGAGAUGUAAGUGACGCAAGUUCAAUGCUGAUUUAGCAUUGAGCUCGUCACUGGUGUUUUUCAUCCAUUGUGUGUUAGCUUUGAGCUAGCGAUUUUUGCGAACCAAAACGAAAGAAACUAAGUUAGUGAUGUAUUUGAACAUUCAAUAGUUGUAAUUCUUUUGUUACGCGUGUUUGGUUUUACAGUGAACUUCAACUGGAGUGUCAAUAAACGACUUUUAAGCAAGCCACGUUCACGCUUCAGGCCUCUCUAUACUCCCGCAUUGGGUCACGUGACCGACGAAUUGCCCCGCGCGGCACGUCCGCGUGACAAAAUUGUUGCUGCGCGUCGAACGCCGCGGAGAGCGCCUCUCGCGAUUGGUCCGUUUCAGUCACAUGCUGCGAUGACGUACCAGCGUGCCCCUCGGUUUCUUCAAACCAUCUCCGUCGCCGCCUUCUCGAGCACAAUUAGACGUACCGUCAGGUCAUCUCGGUCCAUCGGUCGCCAUUGUUCCUUGUUACUGAAAGGAAAGGAAAAACGGCUACCGGAAACUCCACCCGGCGCGUAAGGGGCCCGAGAGGGGGAGAUUCUCCGAUCCCGUCGUGUCCUCGAUGCGGGCCUCUCGGCCGAUGUCGCGCGGCGACAUUUCCCCACGGCGCUUCCCAAUGCAUUCUGCGUAAGGACAGACGUUAACUGACCGCAGGCGAUGGCGAGCCCUCGGCGCGACGUCAUCGACUUUUCGGCGCUGGAGAAAGAUUUACGCGCCGGCGUGGAGUCGGAGCGCAAAUACCGACGAGAGAACGACGCCAAGCUGAGGGCCGUCCGGCAAGGCGUCGCCUCCUACCAGCAGUUCAGGGAUCUGGUCCUGAGCAGUCACUUGACGCCGCUGGACAAGCACGACAAGAACACUCGCAAGCGCGGCCCCUGGAACCCAGUGGUUGCCCCUGGCAACAACAGCGGCAACACACCUGAACCUCACUGACAACAACAACUGCACGUCUUCCCCUCGAUGACAAAAUAUGGAGAUAUUUGAGUGUGAAUACAAGUUGUAUUGAUUUUAAA